CACAACGUCACUUCCUCCGCGCACAUGCAGUGUAAACUAAACAGUCCGGUAGUAAAGGCUCGGUUGAGGUGAUCGGUGGCAGAUAGCGGCACGGCCACGAUGGUCAUCUGUAACUUUUUCCUGCAGGGCCGGUGCCGGUAUGGAGAUCGAUGUUGGAACGAACAUCCUAGAGGAGGAGGAGGCGGACGGCAGGAGCAACAGAGCCGCUACCACCAGCAGCCCCCAGCUGGUUCCAGAACAUGGACAUCCCCCAACCAGAGAUAUGUACAGCCUUCUAAUGUUUCCAAGUCUACGACAUGGUCCAGGGAUAACAGCCAGACAUCAUAUGCACAGCAUUCUGAUUCCCAUGAUAAUAGAAGCAGACAUUACAAUUCCGGCUCCUCUGCAGGAUCCUUCUCUAAUCAAAAUCAAAAUCGGUAUUCUAAUCUGCCCUCCCAGGAUUUUUCCAAAGACACACACUCAGACAAGGAUGGAAGCCUCUUUGAGGAUAUAAAACGUGACUUGGAUGCCUGGGAAUCAUCUGGGCAAUGGAUUUUCUCUGCUUAUUGUGUCAGCAAGGAUACAAGUAAUGCAACAGGGUUUGCAGAUAUUUCACCAGAAGAAUUGCGCCUGGAAUUUUAUACAGCACGGGAUUCUGGAAAUAUGCAGAACUAUGUGAAUUCGGUGCAGCAACUUGCCACCCAGUGGAAACAGAGGGUACAUGCGAUUAAGAACGCAAAUAUUUCAGCUCAAACUGCACUGAUCAAUGAGCUCACCAAGCCUGCAGUUAGCUCAGCUCCAAUGUUUGGAGGACAACAAAACUCUAGCUUUCCCACUACAACUGGUUCUGGAACAUGGUCCAGGGAUAACAGACAGACAUCAUAUGCACAGCAUUCUGAUUCCGGCUCCUCUGCAGAAUCCUUCACUACUCAAAAUCAGUUUUCUACUAUGCCCUUCCAGGAUCAUUCCAGAGACACACAAUUGGACAAGGAUGAAAGCAUCUUUGAGGAUAUAAAACGUGACUUGGAUGCCUGGGAAUCUUCUGGGCAAUGGAUUUUCUCUGUUUAUUGCAUUAGCGAGGAUUCAAGCAAUGUAACAGGAUUUGCAGAUAUUUCACCUGAAGAAUUGCGCCUCGAAUGUUAUACAGCACGGGAGUCUGAGAAUAUACAGAACUAUGUGAUUUCAGUGCAACAACUUGCCACCCAGUGGAAACAGAGGGUACAUGCGAUUAAGAACACAAAUAUUUCAGCUCAAGCUGCACUGAUCAAUGAGCUCACCAAGCCUGCAGUUGGCUUUGAAGGACAAGAAAACUCUAGCUUUUCCACUACAAGUUCUUCCACCAGCAGUGCACCCCAGUCUGCCAGUAGUUUCAGCUUCAAGCCAGAUUCUCAGGCACCUAGUCCAUUUCCAGUUUUCCCACUGCUUCAGGAUUUGCCAACAAACCAGCAAUCAGUUUUAGCAAUGCAGUGACGGGAUCCGCAGCUUCAUUCGCUUUUGCAGUAACAACGGCUUCUGAUGGAGCAUCAUCUGGCUUCAACAACGCAAAGGCAGUUUCCUUCGCACCCACCUCCUCCUCAGGUGCUGGAGCAUCUGCUUUUACUGAGUUUGGGGCAGCCACAACUGCUCUGCCUGCAAGUUCAUCUUCUCCCGCCACAGGGGCCCUUAGAGGGACAACAGUGGCUACUGGUUUUGGGCAAAGUACCACAUCAGGCUUUGGAGGGACAACGGUGGCUUCUAAGUUUUGGGCAGAGUACGACAUCAGGCUUUGGAGAGACAACAGUGGCUCCUGGUUUUGGGCAGAGUACGACAUCAGGCUUUGGAGAGACAACAGUGGCUCCUGGUUUUGGGCAGAGUACGACAUCAGGCUUUGGAGGGACAACAGUGGCUCCUGGUUUUGGGCAGAGUACGACAUCAGGCUUUGGAGGGACAAAAGCGGCUUCUGU